CACGCCCUCCCUCCCCUCAAGAGACAACCGACACCGACGCCGGCUGUUCUCUUUGCCCUUGAAGUCACACAGGUCAGAGCUGCCGUCGAAGUGUCUUGUUGGCGUGAGAAGUUCCUGUUUCGUCUUCGUUGUUGUAUUUAACCUCACACAAUGUCCAAGAUUGGAAUUAACGGAUUCGGCCGUAUCGGCCGCCUAGUGCUGAGGGCGUCUUUGGAAAGAGGCGGGCAGGUGGUAGCGGUGAACGACCCGUUCAUCGGCCUGGACUACAUGGUGUACAUGUUCAAGUACGACUCGACGCACGGUCGCUUCAAGGGCGAGGUGGAGGCCAAAGACGGCUUCCUGGUCGUCAACGGCUUCAAGAUCGCGGUGUUCUCGGAGAGGGACCCCAAGGCCAUCCCCUGGGGCAAGGCCGGAGCACAGUACGUCGUGGAGUCGACCGGAGUGUUCACCACCAUCGACAAGGCCUCGGCCCACCUGGAGGGCGGAGCCAAGAAGGUGAUCAUCUCCGCCCCGAGCGCGGACGCGCCCAUGUUCGUGGUGGGCGUGAACCUGGAGGCCUACGACCCCAGCUUCAAGGUGGUGUCGAACGCGUCGUGCACCACCAACUGCCUGGCGCCGCUGGCCAAGGUCAUCCACGACAACUUCGAGAUCGUGGAGGGGCUGAUGACGACGGUGCACGCCGUCACGGCCACGCAGAAGACGGUGGACGGGCCGUCGGGCAAGCUGUGGCGUGACGGGCGCGGCGCGGGCCAGAACAUCAUCCCCGCGUCGACGGGCGCGGCCAAGGCCGUGGGCAAGGUGAUCCCCGCGCUCAACGGCAAGCUGACCGGCAUGGCGUUCCGCGUGCCCGUGCCGAACGUGUCCGUGGUGGACCUGACCGUCAGGCUGGGCAAGGGGGCGUCCUACGACGAGAUCAAGGCCAAGGUGAAGGAGGCGGCCGAGGGACCGCUCAAGGGCAUCCUGGCCUACACGGACGAAGACGUCGUCUCGUCGGACUUCAUCGGCGACAACCACUCGUCCACCUUCGACGCCAAGGCCGGCAUCCCGCUCAACGACAAAUUCGUCAAGCUCAUUACCUGGUACGACAACGAGUACGGCUACUCGAGCAGAGUGAUCGACCUCAUCAAGUACAUGCAGUCCAAGGACUAGACGCCCGGCGACCCCCGUCCACUCGUGCGCUGCUUCACUAGUCAUUGUUGCCCAGCGCUCUCGCUGCGUGCUGCUGCGAGCUCACCUUCAUUCAACAUGUCCUAUUCCAGUUAAUAAAGUACCUAUGUUUCAUGUGUUGCUCUGUUUUUGUGUAAGAAGAUAGUUGAUUAAACGUUAGCCCACAAGGCAGUGGAA